AUGUUAGAUUCUCUUGACAGUCAGAUCGGCUCCCUCCUUUCUAUGGGAUUUGAGGGCACGACGGUCACGCCGCAGGUGAAGUCUUUGAUUGAAGAUUAUCGGGUCGGCGCAGUUUGCCUUCAAGCCAAAAACCUCAAGAGUGCUCCCCAGGCUAUAGAGAAAGUAGCGUAUGACGCCGGAUACAGUGAACCAUUGCUCAUCAGUCUCGACCAAGAAAAUGGAGGCGUCAAUUCAAUCUUCGAUCCUGACUACUUUCAUCAAUUUCCAUCGGCAAUGGGCCUGGCUGCAUGCCGAUCGCGGGAUUUGACGCGUUCUGUAUCUCGCGCUGCAGCGAAAGAACUUGCUUGUAUUGGAGUAAACUGGCUCGUGGGUCCCGUCUUUGACGUACAUUCGGAUACAAAGCCACAGCCAAUGGGGGUUCGCUGCUUUGGUGAAUACCCCGAGAUUGUAGCCGAGCACGCUUUGGAGUCAAUGCUUGGGUACCAAGAAGGCGGUAUUUUGACAUGCAUCAAGCAUUUCCCAGGUUUCGGGAAUCUCGACUUCCUGGGGUCACCAGCGGAUAUACCAAAUGUGUCUGGUACUUUUGACCAGCUGCUUUCAACAUCAUUGAUACCAUUCCAAGCGGCUAUUGACAACGGGGCCGAUUCAGUAUUGGUUGGUGCUUGUGGAAUGCCGGAUGUGAAAGAUGCUCAAGUGCCGUACUCAUGCCUAUCUUAUGCCGUUGUCACAACCCUGCUACGACGCAGAAUGGGCUUUGGGGGAGUGAUUCUCUCGGAUUGUUUGGAAAUCGAAGCUUUAUACGAAGGUGUUGGGGUCAGCCAAGCUGCAGCCAUGGCAAUCAGUGCCGGAUGCGAUGUGAUAAUGUUAUGCCAGAGUCAUUCCAACCAGGUCGAAGCCAUCCGUGGAAUUAAGGCAGCCAUUGUGUCUGGAUUACUAUCAAAAGACCACAUUGAAGCGGCAGCUGGUCGCGUACGUAAGAUGAAACGACGGCGAUUAUCCUGGGAACGAGCUUGGAAUCCGGGCGGUCUGUCUGCGCUGGACAUCAUGAAACCAGCACAUAAGGCCUUGUCUAAAUCGGCAUACAACGCUUCGAUUACCUUGGUGCGAGACGUCCACCAUUGCAUCCCUUUAUCAAAACAUAGCGCACCAAACGACGUACUGUUGCUUUUGACGCCGUUAGUGGAACCAUUCGGACAUCUGCCGAACGACGAGAAGAGCUCACAGCAUUCUUCCUCUCCUUCAACCCCUUCCAGGCAAGUCAACAUUGCCAGGCAUAUCAAUCAUCGUGACAAAAACUAUCUAGAGGGCGAGGGUACAUUUCAAGAAUUGGGUGUUGCACUUGCAAAGAGGUGGCGUGGCAAGGUAGUCCACACCUCAUAUACCGCAAGUGGUAUUAGCCCCCUUCACGAACGGCUUGUUUCAGAGGCAUCGGCUGUGAUUCUUCUUACAGCCGAUGGAGUGCGAAAUGUAUACCAAUACGGCUUUACAAAAUAUAUAGUGAGUCUCUGCCAAAGCAAUAAUGCCCAGUCCUCAGCAUCAUCGGUCGCUUCGAGUUCGCCUGAUAAGCCUUGUAAGGCUUGUAUCGUGGUCGCGGUGAGCUCACCUUAUGACUUCAUGAAUGACCGACAAGUCUCAACGUAUAUUUGCACCUACGAUUUGACGGCACCUCCGCUUAAUACACUGGUGCGUAUUCUCUUUGGGAAUUUAAAGCCGUCUGGCCUACCUCCUACAGCACGACAGACACUCCCCCGUGCAGCAGUUCAAAGACAACCUUGGCUGGUUGAGAGAUUCCAGCCAGAACGAGACACAUUCGCAUUACAGGACCUCUUUGAUCAAGUUCGCAUGGCAGCCUCAAAUACUUUCAGCGAUCCCGAAGCUCAGUAUCCCUCGUACUGUUUCGAAGCACCUUACUACAAAGCUAGUUACAAACCACUGUUUGAAACGCAGCAUUUUGUCGUACGUAACAGUAGUAUUCAGAAAGUGUACGGAUUCUGUGCAACUUACUAUAGCGAAAGCCUUUCUCGCGGCAUCAUUGCGGCUAUCGUUGUGUCCACAAGUCACAGGAGUAAAGGUAUCGGAUUCUCACUGCACCAACACGCUUUGCGCUACCUAGAGCAACGUCCUGGAAUUGAAGCAGUGCAGUUUGGAUCAGAAAUUCCAGUUAUAUUUGCCGGGGUACCGAACAGACUGAGUACUCAUCAACUUGGUCUUCGAAGCUGGGUUAAAAACAGAGGCUGGGAUGUGGGUAAUUGGAACCAUCACGAGUUUUAUGUGAUCCGCCUUUCAAACGACUGGCAUCGAACAAUUCUACCCGAGAAGAUUGCUUCGAAUAAUAGCUAUCAGUACGAUUCAGUUCAACCAGAAGACAAGGAAGAGCUAGAUCAUCAUCUUCUUGUUCAAACUUGUUACGGGGCUGGUAAUUCAUCACUGCGGCAUCCCGUCGUGUUAUCAGAGCUAUAUCGCAUCGCCCAGGCCGAUUCUCAAGGUUGCAAGCUUCUCCUGGCCAGAGAGACAAGAAACACGGAUAGCGGUGGAGGCAAGGGGAAGAUAGUAGGAUCGAUUAUAUUAUAUCACGGUUCUUCGAAGAUGAACAAAUAUUUCCCCACCGAGGAUAGGAAAACCGGCGGCCUGGUUGGCGUCGUAGCGAUUCGUGGUGCCGAAGGCGUCCCAAUAGUGGAGGGGCUAAUCUCCAAGUCCAUUCUCAUUUUGAUUGAAAUGGGAUUUGUCAGCGCACAAACAUUUAUAGUCGGAGAUCCUGUGUUUCCCCCGAUGUUGGUAAAUCUAGGUUUCCAGAAGACGUCAGAAUUUCUUAGUAUCAGCAAAAAGGCGACAUUGCCAGUGGAGAAUCAGCCUCCAACCCUCAUGGGCUCAGUCGCUGCUUGA